UCAACCGAAGGCAUCACCAUCAUUAUGCAGAAAUUGUGUUUGCUACUCUUGAUGACACAUUUUGUGACUUCAAGUACAAAUUUAAACCACAUUCUUGAUCGUGACGACUGGAUAAACAUUGCCAAGGAAUACAUAAUAAAGCAGAAGCCAUAUAAAGCAAAGAUCUACGAGCCUUUUAAGCCGCAAGUUGUUAAUUUUAGCAAUACAUUUGAUGCAAAUAGCUGGGAGACAACCACGACUUCAACGAAUGCAGAAUCGACAUACUCUCCGGUGGAGACAACGACUUCUUUCACCGAGGAGAUCUUCAGUACAACCACCUUGGCAAGUAGUGUAGAAUCUACAGCCUCCCCCGAUAAGACAACAACAUCCGAGCCCGAGGAAAUCUCCACCACAACGACUAGCAAAAAUUUCAUUGAGGAUACGACAACAUCGGAGCCUGAAUCUUCGACAACAAACCCAUUUCUGGUUACUUCUGAGCCGACUAGUACAGAACUUCCGGAAUCAACAACUAAUAUUGAAGAUGUCUCUACAGCAUUAAGCACAACUGAAGCACCAGAAACCACUACAACUGAAACGUAUGAAAUUUCUACGGGAUCGUUAGAAACUACCACAGGAGAAAUUUCAACUAACAUCGGAUUUCCGGAAACAACAUCUACAACAUCUAUUCCGGAGAUAUUUAGUACAACUGAAAAAAUAGAAUCAACAACUAUUAUUGAAGAUUUCUCUACAGUAUCAACUGAUUCACCAGAUACCUCUACAACUGAAACAUAUGAAAUUUCUACAGAACCAUUAGAAACUACCACAGGAGAAAGUUCAACUAACAUCCAAUUUCCGGAAACAACAUCUACAUCAUCUAUUCCGGAGAUAUUUAGUACAACUGAAACGUUAGAAUCAACAACUAUUAUUAAAGAUUUCUCUACAGUAUCAACUGAGGCACCAGAUACCUCUACAGCUGAAACAUAUGAAAUUUCUACAGAACCAUUAGAAACUACCACACGAGAAAUUUCAACUAUCACCGAAUUUCCGGAAACAAUAUCUACAACAACCAGUCCGGAGAUAUUCAGUACAACUGAAAUGUUAGAAUUAACAACUAUUAUAGAAGAUUUCUCUACAGUAUCAACUGAAGCACCAGAAACCUCCACAACUGAAACAUAUGAAAUUUCUACGGAAUCAUUAGAAACUACAACACGAGAAAAUUCAGCUAACAUAGAAUUACCGGAAACAAUUUCUACCACAUCCAGUCCGGAGAUAAUCAAUACAACUGAAUCGUUAGAAACCUCUACGGAAACAGAAACAAAUUUAACAAGGAUCGAUUUUCCUGAAUCAACAACAUAUUCACCUGAGUUACCUAGUACAACUGAAACAUUAAAAUCUUCCACGGAAUCAUUGGGAAAUACCACAGAAAAAAUUGUAACUAAUAUCAGUGGAGAUCUCUUUACAACAUUCAGCCCAGAGCUGUUUAGUACAACUGAAGCAUAUGAAACCUUUACGGAAUCAUUAGAAACUACCACAGACUUUUCUACGGAGGGUCCUUUAUCUACCACCGAAAGCCCGGAAACCUCAACAUCAGUACUGGAUAUUAUUGCCACGACUCCGGGUUUGGAAACAACAACUUCCUACCUAGACACAGUGAUUAACAGCACAGAAGUGGAUAGUAUUACUACAAGCACACCGUCUUGGCUAAAUUUAACAACAACUGAGUUCAGUAGAACUCAAGAAGAAAAUACAACUCCAAGGCGGUUGAAUUUCGUGGAAGAGCCUGUAAGACAAAGACCAAAAAAAUAUAAAUAUACCUCAGACACAGAACCUGAACUUUACUGGUACUAAGGUUUU